AUGAAAGACUGGGCGUUCCAAGAUCGCAAUUUGAACGGUUGUCCAGUUUUCGUGAGUAUUUCGAGUUUCGUGCCGAAAAUGAUGAUAGAAACUAGCAAAAACGGUUCGCUAAAAAUAGCCGGUGGGAUAGAGGGUGAGCUCGUGCUGGCUAUCGCCGAUAAACUGAACUUCACUUUGGCGUUGAGAUCUCCGUCGGCGUCGGAGAGGCUAAAAUAUUCCCGAAAAGCGUCGAUACUGAACGACGUUCUUUCAGGGACAGCGGAAAUCGGAAUCGGUCGAUUGCGUCCCACUAACGAUAUGGAAGGAAAAGUCGUACGCUCCGUGAUGUACGACACCGAAUGCAUAACCUGGGGUGUCCCGAGGAUCGUUAGGUGGUCGAACAACGUCGUAUGGGUGGAAUUUACCCCGAAAGUUUGGGCGAUCGUCGGAAUGAUAUUCGCGAUCGGUUGCGCGACCGGCUACGCGUCCCACAGAAUCGACUCGUCGGCCGGAGUAAAAAGGGGAACGGGAAUCGCCGCCACUGUUUUCGACGUCGUUUCGAUCCACCUAGGAAAUACGGUCGCCAAGGUCCCGAUCUCCUUGGGCGGAAGAUUCAUGCUGAUGGCUUAUCUCUACUACGCAACGGUCCUGACCACCGCGUACAAAACUUCGCUCGCCUCGAUUCUGACUACGGAAAAAGGAACGCCGAUGGUCGUCGACAUGCACGACAUAUUGAAGUUGAAUUUAAGCAUCGGGGGUUCCCGCUACGAUUUUGACAUACUCAGGGAUCAAGAAAACGGCAGCGAAGUGAUCUCGAGACUCGUCGAACGUUUCGUCGUUAAUAACAACGACUCGGCAACCCUGAGGAGACUGAAGAUGGAGAACAAUUUCGCGUUUCUUGCGAGAGGUUCAUCGCUCGACGACGAGAGAGGGAAGAGCGUAAGGAGCAACGGGUCGGUAACGUUUGACGUUUUCAAUACUUGCGUUUUGUCGUAUCACACGGUAAUGGUAAUCAGAAAGGAGUCAUUUUUGAGGGAACCGAUAAAUCGCGUUAUUCGAAGACUGUCGGAAGCUGGAAUACUGAAGCAUUGGGAUAUCGACAAGUUCGACGUUGAUCAAAUAAUAAAACGAAGGAGUGCAGAGAAAUUUUUUGAGGAACGCGCCGGAGAGAAAUUUCAAAAUAUAUUCUUACUCUAUUCAAUUUUUAUCGGAUUUUGCGCCCUCAUUUUUUUGAUAGAAAUAUCCAUCCCGAUAAUAAUCGAUCCGCGAAAAAAAUAAUGCAACGUCUAAUUAAAAUGGAUAUAUAACGAUCAACUCUGUCGUCGGACACCCGUUUGGAAGACUAUUAUUUCGGACUCGACAAGUAUCAAUUAAUCAUCUCGGAUUUAUUAUUCCCAUCGAUAAAUUAUUUACGGAAACACUGUUUCCUGUAUUUUUCGCUCUACGUCACAGCCAUUUCAGUACAUAUAUAUAUAUAUGUAUU